UCUUUUCCCAUAUUUGAACAAUAUCAUUUUUACAAGUUCAACAAUCGGUUGAUAUUUCCUGUCAACACAUCGUUCAUGUAAUGUACCUUUAUUAAAACAAUAUGAAACAUCCCCUCUGCGUUUAUUAACCACUCAAAAAUCAUUUAGUUAGAAAGGGUUAAGAGAUCCUGACUGUUCAGAGUCUGUUCCUGACGCACAACCCAGGGUGUCACCAAACAGUAAUUACAGACGAUGACGAAAGCCAGGGGUAUAAAACCGCUCUCCUCCCAGCGCCAGGUCACUUCCAACCAGACCAGUCUGGGAAGACAGAAUAUCUUCUGUUCCCAGUGUGCAUCACAGGUAAUACCUGCUAGGGGUCUACAGCACAACACACCUGUGUGUGCAUCACAGGUACCACCAGCCAGGAUGCCUCUGGUGCUGUGGUGUCUCUUGUUUGUCUCUGCCUCACCUCUUCCAGGCGGCACCACCCAGCCCUCGACCCCACCACCCUGCUCCACCCACGGGGCGUUCCAGCUGCCGGGUUUCCAAGCUGCUGGAGACUUGAUGAUCGGGGGGAUUUUCCCCCUCCACUACCGGGUGGAGCUGCCCAUCACAAACUACACCUCCGCGCCCCCGAAGGCCCAGUGCCACGGGUUUGACCCGAGAGCGUUCCGCUGGGCUCAGUCCCUGAGGCUGGCCGUGGAGCAGAUCAACCAGAAUCAGGAGUUUCUGCCCAACCACACGCUGGGGUACAAGAUCUUCGACUCGUGUGCCACGCCCAUCACGGCCCUCAGGGCGGCUCUGUCUUCGCUGAACGGACCAGGGGAGGAGAACAGUCCCCUGUGUACUGGUACCGGACGUCUGCUGGCGCUGGUCGGGGAGUCUGGUUCUUCACAGUCCAUCGUCUUGUCCAGAACUCUGCAGCCGUUUAGAAUCCCCAUGAUAAGCUACUUCUCCACCUGCUCUUGCCUCAGCAACAGGAAGGAGUUCCCAACCUUCUUCCGUGUGGUUCCCAACGACGACUACCAGGUGAAGGCUCUGGCUCGCCUGCUGCAGCAGUUUGGCUGGCGGUGGAUCGGCGUGGUCCUGGAGGACCACGACUACGGACGCUUCGCCCUGCAGGGCCUGCGAAGGGAGAUCCAGGGCACUGACGUCUGCCUGGCCUACAGCGAGAUGAUCCCCAAGGACUACAGACGCGAGCGGGUGCUGCAGAUCCUGGAGGUGAUGCAGACUUCCUCGGCACGUGUGGUGGUGGUGUUCUCGGGCGAGGGGGAGUUGUACCCCUUCCUACGGGAGUUUGAGAAGCAGAAGAUCCCGGGGCUCCAGUGGGUGGCCAGCGAGGCGUGGGUCAGCGCCAAGGUUCUGGCGGAGGCCUUCCCCUUCCUGGAUGGGACGGUGGGCUUUGCGGUCCGCGAGGGGAAGGUCCCAGGGCUCGGGGAGUUUGUGCGCAAGGUGAACCCCGAGACAUACCCCUCCAACCCCCUGGUGAGGGAGCUCUGGGGAGAGCUGUAUGGCUGUGACCCCUUCCCUUCCCUGCCCCCCUCCACCACCCCUCUGCCCCUCUGCACAGGUAAGGAGGUUCUCCUGGAGGAGCAGUCUGCCUACAUGGACUUUUCUGGGCCCAGAGUGUCGUAUAACGUGUACAAGGCUGUGUACGCCAUCGCCCACUCUCUUCACAGCCUCCUCAGCUGCCAGCCUGACGCAGGGCCCUUCCUCAACCAGUCAUGUGCUCUCAGCAGCAACAUUGACCCCUGGCAGCUUCAGCACUAUCUCCAGGAAGUGUCCUUUAAUGCAUCUGGAGAGGAGGUGAACUUUGACCUGAAAGGAGACUCCAUUCCCUCCUACGACCUUAUGAACUGGCAGAGGAACCCUGAUGGAAACCCCCGGUUCGUGAAGGUCGGCCUGUUUGACGGAACAAAGGAUUCUGGGAAGGAGCUGGUGAUCCAGGAGGAGGCGAUAGUGUGGGCGGGGCAUCAGAGCCAGGCAGUGGUGUCUGUGUGCAGCUCCAGCUGUGCUCCAGGAUCCAGGAAGGCUGUCCGUCAUGGGGAGCCUCUGUGCUGCUUUGACUGUGUACCAUGUGACAGCGGCAAGAUCAGUAAUCAGACAGAUUCUAUAGAGUGCACCGUUUGUCCUGAGGACUUCUGGUCGAACGACGAUGGCACCAGGUGCAUCCCCAAGACAGUGGAGUUCCUGUCCCACGACGCCAUGGGCUUGUCCCUGACGGUGAUUGCCGUAGCGGGAGCCUGUCUGACCAUAGCUGUCCUGGGAGUCUUCCUCCACAACAGGAACACCCCCAUCGUCCGCAUCAACAACUCAGAGCUGAGUUACUUCAUCCUGAUCUCCCUGACUCUCUGCUUCCUGUGUGCGCUGGUCUUUGUGGGCGAGCCCACUACCUGGUCCUGCAUGCUGCGUCACACGGCCUUCAGCAUCACCUUCUCCCUCUGCAUCUCCUGCAUCCUGGGCAAGACCCUGGUGGUCCUGGCUGCCUUCACCUCCACCAGGCCCGGGAACAACAUCAUGAGGUGGCUGGGGCCCAGGCAGCAGAGGGUCAUCAUCUUCAGCUGCACCCUGGUCCAGGUGAUCAUCUGUACAGCCUGGCUCACAGAUGCCCCUCCCUUCCCCUCCAGGAACUCCCAGCACCAAAGCUCCAAGAUCAUUCUAGAAUGCAGCGUGGGCUCCAGCCUGGCGUUCUGGUGCGUUCUGGGAUACAUCAGCCUCCUGGCCUGCCUGUGCUUCGUCUUGGCUUUCCUGGCCCGCAAGUUGCCCGGCAACUUCAACGAGGCCAAGUUCAUCACCUUCAGCAUGCUGAUCUUCUGCGCCGUGUGGGUGUCGUUCAUCCCCGCGUACGUCAGCUCUCCUGGGAAGUACGCCGACGCAGUGGAGACCUUUGCCAUCCUGGCCUCCAGUUACGGCCUGCUCUUCUGCCUGUUCGCUCCCAAGUGUUUCAUCAUCCUCCUGAGGCCUGAGCAGAACACCAAACAGCAUCUCAUGGGGAAGAAAUAAAACACACCUUUCCUGUUAGCAAGUUUAAUAAAGAAAUAUUUGUAUAAAAUA